AUUAGAAAAGCAUCACUUUGACAAUAGACGUUUUGGAUGGAUUACAUUGUCAUCGAUAAUUUUCAACAAACAAUGGCUGUAUGGGAUAAGCUCGCUUCCUUAACGGACAAUUCUAAAAAAAAAAUGUCAUUACUAAUUUUGACAAAGGGAAUGAAAGAGAAUGUAAGCGAAAUGUUUCGUCAGCUCCACGCGAUCAAAAUUUAUAAUUUCGUUUAUUAGCCGGUUAACAAACGAAUGUAAUCUAAAACAGCUGUUGAGCAGAAUUUAUUUAAAUGAGAUUAAUUCUCUUCGUAGUGCGCAAGUGUAGUGCUUUUAGUAGUCGUUUACCAAUCAACAGCUUUCAAGUUAGAUUUUCUCACGAUCAAAUCUGGGGAAGCAGUAAACUCCAUAGAAAAAUUAAAAUCCCCAAUCCAUUAAGAGAAAGAAUCAUGGCAGACCCUAAGAUCGAAGAAAUAUUAGCGCCACUUCGUGCGAAUGUCAAGGAACAGGGUGAUUUAGUCCGCAAAUUAAAAGAAGAAAAAGCUCCUGAAAUAGACAUAAAAAAAGCUGUUGUUGAAUUAAAAACUAGAAAAAAAGUACUGGAAGAUAAGGAGCUAAGCUUGGCUCCAAAUGAGGAGUUGUUCGAUCGUGCUAAAAUGGAAGACUUGAUCAAAAGGAGAUUUUUCUAUGAUCAAUCUUUUGCUAUUUAUGGUGGUAUAACUGGUCAAUUUGAUUUUGGACCUAUGGGAUGUGCCCUUAAAAGUAACAUGAUCCAGUUAUGGAGAAAAUACUUUAUUCUUCAAGAACAAAUGCUUGAAGUUGACUGCUCUAUUUUAACACCUGAACCUGUUCUUAAAGCCUCUGGACAUGUUGAAAGAUUUGCUGAUCUUAUGACCAAAGAUACCAAAACUGGUGAAUGCUUUAGAUUAGACCACUUGAUCAAAGCACAUCUUGAAAAGAUUAAGAGUGAAAAAAAUACCAAAAUUGAGUUAAAAACUGAGAUUGAAGAUAUAUUGGUGAGACUAGAUGGUAUGACAGCUGAUGAUAUGUCUGCACUAAUGAAAAGAUUUGAUAUGAAGUCACCUAUCAGUGGCAAUGAGCUGACACCACCAAUUGAGUUUAACCUCAUGUUUAAUACUCAGAUUGGCCCCACUGGUUUGGUGAAAGGUUUUCUUCGGCCAGAAACUGCUCAAGGUAUCUUUGUAAACUUCAAACGUCUUCUUGAAUUCAAUCAAGGUCGACUACCUUUUGCAGCUGCUCAAAUUGGAAAUUCAUUCCGAAAUGAAAUUUCUCCUCGAUCUGGUCUACUACGUGUAAGAGAAUUUACUAUGUGCGAAAUUGAACAUUUUUGUGACUCCAAGGACCAUCCCAAGUUUGAGUCAAUAAAGGAUACCAAGAUGUUGCUUUAUUCUGCUAACAAUCAAGAGCAAGGUAAAGCAGCUGAGGUUGUCACUAUAGGAGAAGCAGUUGCUAAUGGUACUGUCAACAAUGAAACAUUGGGCUACUUUAUGGCCAGGAUACACCUGUAUCUUUUAGCUGUUGGUAUUGACCCUAACAAAUUAAGAUUCAGACAGCACAUGGGUAAUGAGAUGGCUCACUAUGCUUGUGACUGCUGGGAUGCUGAAUGCCUCUCAAGCUAUGGUUGGAUUGAAUGUGUUGGUUGUGCAGAUCGAUCUGCAUAUGACUUGACACAACAUACUAAAGCCACAGGCACCAGACUUGCUGCAGAAAAGAAACUUCCUGCACCAAAACAAGUAGAGGUUGUGGAAGCAGUAGCCAACAAAGCUGCAAUUGGAAAAGAAUUCAAAAAAGAUGCAAAGGUUAUAAAUGAUGCUUUGGCAUCCUUAGAUUAUGCUGCACUGGAGCUGAUGCAAAAUAGUCUAGAAAGUAAUGGUGCAUAUACACUCUCUACUUCUAAUGGAGAAUUUAAAUUGACCUCAAAUCUGGUUAGUGUCAAGAAAACUCAGAAAACAGUUCACGUAGAGGAGAUAAUACCUAGUGUUAUUGAACCAUCAUUUGGCAUAGGAAGAAUCCUAUAUUGUAUUCUAGAACAUAAUUUCAAGAUGAGAGAAGGUGAUGAACAAAGAACUUAUUUCUCUCUACCUCCAUCAGUGGCACCCAUGAAAUGUGCUGUCUUGCCUCUUAGUGGCAAUGCAGAAUUCCAUCAAUUUGUUCGGGAACUAUCACAAGAAUUGAUAGAGAAUGAUGUUUCACAUAAGGUAGAUGACUCAUCUGGCUCUAUUGGUCGGCGAUAUGCUAGAACUGAUGAGCUUGGUGUACCUUAUGCUAUCACAGUUGACUUUGAUACUAUAAAAGAACCACAUACUGUGACUCUAAGAGAAAGAGAUAGCAUGGGCCAAGUAAGGUUGUUACUAUCGGAAGUGCCUUCGGUUGUGAAAGAUCUGUCAAAUAGUAAGCUGACUUGGGCUGAUGUAGAGAAAAAGUUUCCUAAAUUUGAACAGCAAGAAAAUGUAAAGGGUGCAUAGUAGAAGAAUCAUAUUGAAAACAAUCAUAGCAUUUGUUAAAUUUCUUUUUAUGAUAUAUGAAUUGAAUUAUUUAUAAUUUAAGCUUGUCUUUUAAGUGUUCUGAACAACUGUGUUGUAAAAAAAUGCUUUAUUACAAACAAGAGCUUUGAUAUUUGUCUUAUUUUAUUGAUUCAUUAAGAAUGCAAUCUGAUUUUUGCCAGCCCUUGACCCCAUGCAUCGGGCACCCUCCCCGUUUAGUAUCAUCUAAGAAAGCUAACCUUUACGUAAUGAUCGCGUCUCAAUAGAAUCUCGACGACUUUCACUUUACCAUUGUACUAUCAACCUAGUCUUAAUAUUUCGUGUGCCUCACACACUAAUGGUGACAGAUAUAUACUGUUU